CAUAUUUGCGUCGUUGCUGUGCCAAGCUCUCUCAUACUUUGUUGACUUACAUGAAAGUAGAUACAAGCACGACCUCCUACCUUUUCGACCUCUCUCUUGAGCAGCUUUCCUUGUUAUAUUGUUACUCCUAGGGGGAGAUCUCCUUCUAUCCACUUCUCAUUGACCACAACGUAUAGCUGUGCUUACCUUUCUCUUUCGCCCGCAACAUGGCCUUCGCGGCGGUAUAUUUUCCCCGGGACAAUGAUCAGAGCCAGCUCCCCCUCUGGCCGGACAAUGAGGAGCUGACAAUGGCGGGCGAUAAUUUUUGUGACCAAUUUAUCACCUUUGACAUCGAAGAUGCUACAGCAUUAGGUGGUGACAUCGAGGAUCCGCCUAGCCCCUCUAUUCUCUUGGAAUCUCUUCAUGGCGGAUUGAACUCCUCUUUGUGUCCACUGGAUAUACCCGCCGAUGUGUUCCAUCCCGAGGCGCCAGCAACCGCUAUCGGUCAACAAAUUUCAAACACUCGAGUGACUACUUCAGAAAAUCCAGCCAAUUCUAAUUCAGCAGCACUCUCAGCUUUGGCCAGAGACCCUAUUCUCAGCACCGGGUCAAUAUCAGACUCCGAAUUACUGCGCCUUGAAGGUAUAUCUCUGAAGUCAUCGCCUCACCGAGGCAGCGUAACGGCUCCUUCGAGUCCACGCAAGCAUAACCAGUUUGUUGACCCCCUUCAUGGCAACAUUCGGGGAACAACGAACCACCUACCGCCCACCGAAACUCGCCAAUUUGAGACCAUCGAUAUGGCGGACAUGGACAUCUUUUUAGAUGAUGCGCGUUCAGGUCUCGAUUUCUUCGACUCGAACUACCAUGAAUUUGGGGAUUCGUCCGUACCCAUAAAACAGGAACCCAUAGAUAAUCAUGGUUUACCGAUAUCGCCGCCGUUAACGGGCCGGAUCCCCAACGCACGUCAAAGCAGCUCAUCGGGGUUUGUGACUGGACACAUUGAAGAUCCAUUCUGCGAUGAUCCUGUGAACGCCCCAGUCACCAUCCGCUCGCUCAAGCGCCAGCCUAUGGACACGCCCAUGAGCACACCAAAUGUCAAAGGCGAGACAUUUUUGCAAGCCAAUCUCAUGACUCCGUUGGACACGAAUAUAGAUAUCGCUCGUCAUCCGCAGAAGGCGUAUCGCAGCACGAGCUCGGCUAAGUGGCCAACGGAGGGCUUCCUAACCGAUGUCGGAUAUAACGAGGAUACAAGUAUGUGGUCUUCAUCCUCGUCAUCUGCCAUGUACAUAGGCGACAACGGAAGUGGUAGUAUACCAAAUCCAAGCUGGUGGAAUGAUAUGGUGCACAAAGGUGAGACAUCGCAUGCCGAACCUACCCAUCAUCGCCACACAGCCCACGGGAAUGGUGUCCUCAGCAAUGCGGCCCACAAUCUUUCCAUGCAUAAACAACAGGCUGAGAUACCAUAUGAGUAUAAUGCAGAGCUCUCGGGUCUCAUGAUACAUAUGCCGCAGCCUCGAGUGCCCCAAGCGAGCGUAUUGAACUCUAACCCCAACGAGCACGUACUCACAACCCCGACACUGUCUUCGUCACAUUACCAUACGCCGACAAUGACGCGGACGCGCUCAAGCCAUAUGCAGUACAAUGGUAGCAGCAGUAAAGGAUAUGGCAAUAUGGAGAAACGUCCACGACCCCGCGCCCCGUCAUCGGGAGCGCGACACCACGGCGCCCAGACAUCGCCACGCAAACUGCGUAAUAGCAUGAGCCUAGGCUAUCUCCGCGAAGAAUCACAAUCACCGUCCCCGAUGAGCCGACAGCACAAGCACGCGCACGCACCGGCGCCUUCCAACGGGCAUCAUACCAUAAAUCACCAAGAGCGCCGCCAACAUCGCAGCUCAUCGCUGACCAUGAGGAAGCAGCGCUCCUUCACACGCCGCGAGUCACGGACGUCGUCCGCAUCAUUCGCUGCAUCGCCGACUCGAGCAGCAAGUAGCAGCGGUCCUAGCGGUACUGGAGGUGGUGGGAGGGCAUGUCUUGAUUUCGUAAAUUUUACGCCGAACGACGGUAGCGUAUUGAUGACGGGAGUGGCGCCAAGCGGGUCGAGCAAAACCAAAGAGAGACGUGAGAGAGAGGCCAAGGAGAAGGCGAAGCAACUCAGCGAUCUUGCGUUUAAAGUCGUCGAAGCUGCCGGCGGUGACGUCACGAAGCUUAUCGGGGAUUUCGUAAUUUGAUUCCGUGUGUUGAGCGCACAUGUUACUUAGUCCACUCUCUUCUUAACCUCUUCUAUACUAUCCCGGGGGGAGGGCGCUCGGAUCAACAAUCCGUGUGCUAUAGGGAAGGUCGGUUAUGUUUGAUCGUGAGAACAGAGAGAGGAGAUAUGGGACUGGGGUGCCGUGGCUUGUCUGCCGGAGAGAUCGGAUGUCGAAGUAAGGCUAAGUGAGCAAGGAGACUGUGCGAUUAGGUACCAUGGGAAUCCCACGAAGAGGCGAG